AAGGAAUCAUUUAACGAUUAGUGGUGGCAUGGGUGACGCUAAAAUAACAUGCCAAGGUCUCAAUAUGAAUAGGCUUUUAGUAUUAGUGUUUACCCUUUUGGGGGUGUUUUGUGUGACGAGUGGACAAGUGGUCCAGACUGGACAGUGUGAACAGUUGACGGUGACAGUGUCUGCAGAUUUUAAUAUUGAAACGUUCACAUCUACAACAUGGAACGAGGUGGGCCGCAGCCGCGCCAACGUGCUGCCUGGCGGCGCGUGCUCGAACCUCGGCUUCACGGCCGCCACCGCCGGGACCUACGACGCCUCAUACAAGGUGGUAGAGAAGAACUUCCCAGUACUGUCGACUGGCACCCUCAGCACCCCCAGUGCGAGUGAGCCGGCGAAACUGAAGCUCAGUUUGGAUGGGACCGAAAUUGACUUUUGGAUCCUCCUGCAAACUAGCAACUCAGCUCUGGCUUUCAGCUGCCAAAACAUCGACAUUUCCAGAAGAGGAGUAAGCGUGUGGAAACUCAGCAGCACCAAGAGCCUCACGAGCAUCCAAGAGACAGCAAUGGACAACAUAAUCACCAACCAGUUGUCUAUCAACGUUGCAGCAGAGAUAGAGAAGAUCGAUCAAUCAGACCUGGCGUGUACAGAACUAGUUGAUAUACCUGCUGGACAGCGUGUCGUAUUGCCAGGCGCCUGUUCCGAUAUUCCAGCUGUUCAGGACUUUAACGUGACGAAAUUCCUUGGUCGUUGGUACGAGAUCCGCAGCUACUACUCCGAGAAUUCCGUCGGUAACUGUCCCAGUGCCUUCUAUGACGUCUCUUCCACUCCUGGCCAAGUUCUGGUUCAGAACAGUGAGGUCAAUGCCAAGCAGUUGCGAGUGAUAUCCGGUGUAGCUGAAGUGAUGAGUUUGGACAAUAGCGCCGUACUUAAUGUUAGUCUGGAAGUGAUUCCUAAUUUCGUUGUAUCUCAGGAAUUAAAGGUCCUAGCCACGGAUUACGAAAACUACGCUAUCACCUACACCUGCGUGGAUUUAGAAAACAACGAACGGCAAGUGAACAGCUGGAUUGCCGGCCGAAGAAGGGAACUGCCUGAGACGGCUGCACAAGACGUGGCAGCAUUUAUCGACACGAUCCUGGACCUUAACGACAGAUACUACAUUGAGGCGAAACGGACUCCUGAAGACUGCUUCUACUACCCUGAAGUGGUUGCCAACCAACCAGUGGUGUUCCCGGGUUCUUGUGACAAAAACAUUCCGACUGUGGCUAACUUCGUGGACAACUUGACCGAUUACCUCGGACUCUGGAACGAGCUGGCCUCCUACCCAUCCCUGUUCCAACAGGGCACUUGCAACAACGCCUUUUACAGCCCAAACAACGAAAUUUCCGGAAGAGUAGAUGUUUAUAACACUCAAGUCAUUGGCGAACAACUUUUGGAUAUCUACGGAUACGCCGAGGUAGCCAGCGACGAUGGCACAGGGAAAUUGGCAGUCACUUUCCCUUCGGCCGGACCUAUGCCUGAAGUUAGCACCAGCUACUGGAUCCUGUCAACGGAUUAUCAAAAUUACGCACUAGUUUAUACUUGCGAGGACAUACCGGAAACUUACGAAAGAAGAGUCUGGAGUUGGAAACUAAGCCGAACGAAGCAGUUGACAACUGAAGCCGAAGCUGAAAUCGACAGGAUCAUCGACAGCAUCGACGUGCUUGAGCCUCGGUACUAUCAGACCCGGGACCAAAGCCCCAGCGGCUGCUUCUACUACCCCCAGCCGGAGCCCGGCAAGCGCGUGGUGUUCCCCGGCAAAUGCGAUCAGGAUAUUGCUGCUGAACCGAACUUCAACGCAGGACAGUUCGCGGGCCAAUGGUUCGAGACAGAAGCUUACCCCAAGGAGUUCCAGCCGGGCCAGUGCAUCAAGCACGACUUCACGCAAGCCACCGGCGGCUACAGCCUGCAGUCCAGCCACGUGCUCGACCAGUUCCUCACCAGCACCAGCGCCACUGUCACCUCCACUGACGGCUCUGCCAAGUUCACUAUCGCUGGCCAAACCGGCGCCCAAAAUCCAUUCCCUUUCUGGAUCCUGAAAACGGACUACACCAACUACGCUUUAGCGUACAGUUGUGUCGAUCUUGAAGAUGAUAGGAGAGCAGUCUACAGUUGGAAGCUGAGUAGAUCGAAAAUCCCGACAUCAGAAAGUACCGCCGCUAUUGCCGCAGCAAUUGAACCAAUCGAUGUCCUUAGACAAGACUACUUCGAAGAUGUUUACCAAACAGACGACGCCUGCUUCAAUCUUCCUGAAAUACCAGAAGGGGAGAUCAUCGUGCUGCCUGGCCAGUGCGACCCGACUAUACCCGCCAUGCCGAAUUUCAAUCCAGCAAAUUACACCGGCACGUGGCGUAGUAUUGAAAGUUAUCCAUCUGCGUUUGAAAAUGGCGAAUGCAGAACUGCCAGAUACACCCUGGACGCCACUACUGGAGUAGUCACGGUCCUCAACUCCCAAGUUAACGGAGACACCUUGAACACCAUGACUGGAACAGCGGUGGUGGCUGACGACGCUGAUGGCACUGGGAAACUCAAGGUCACCUUCCCGGCUGGCCCAGGUCAAACUGUGACUACGGACUUGUGGAUCCUCGACACUGACUACGAGACAUUCUCGCUGGCGUAUUCAUGCGCGAACAUAGGCACGGAGAAUAGACAAGUGCUCAGUUGGAAACUCAGUCGCACAAAGGAGUUGACAGACGAAGCUAAAGCCCGCAUGAAAGUGGUAGUCGACAGAACUAACGUGCUGAAUGAACGUUACUACGCGAAGAUCGGUCAUCUUCCCGGUGACUGUUUCUACUACCCCGAGCUCAACCCGACCACCCCUGUCAGGUUCCCCGGACAAUGUGACACUACCAUCAAAACUGUGCCCGACUUCGAUGUGGCUGCGUACCUGAACUACUGGCACGAGAUCGAAGCCUACCCGUCCACGUUCCAACAAGGCACAUGCAACAACGCUCGGUACCGGCUCAACCCCAACAUCGCUGGCCGAGUGGACGUGUACAACACGCAGGUCAUCAACCAGACCCUCGACUACGUCGACGGGUACGCCGUGGUCGCCAGCGACGACGGGUCCGGGAAACUCACCGUGUCCUUCCCUAUCGCCGGCACUGACAACGAAACUCAAACCAGCUACUGGAUUCUGGCGACGGAUUAUACAUCUUACGCUCUUGUGUACAGCUGUACAAAUAUUAAUGAAGAAGAACGAGUUGUUUUCAGUUGGAAGAUCGGCAGAACACAGGCAGCGUUUUCGGCUCAAGCUAACAGUGAAAUGGACGCCAUCAUAAACAGCAUCGACGUCCUGGACCCUCGCUACUAUCAGAAGAGGGAUCAAUCAGCAGAAGGAUGCUUCUUCAUUCCUGAACCUAAUGGCCGACCGGUCGAAGCGCCUGGUCGCUGCGACGAAACUAUCCAAGCUGUUCAGGGAUUCGAUACUGAAAGGUUUGCCAAUGUGUGGCACGAAGUGGAGGCAUACCCCAAGGACCAAACCCGCGAAGGAGAUUGUAUUAACUAUAAUUUCAUUACUAGAAGUGGCAAUUCAAUGACUAUUGAUGUUAACCAAGUAUUUGGUCUCAGCUUAGUAACUACACCCGCUAUCUUAGAACCGGCCACGGAUGAUGGAAGUGGAAAGUUCAACAUCAGACUAGUAAACAACCCAGAUGUUCUAAUUCCAUUCUGGAUCCUCAACGUGGAUUACGAUAGUCAUGCUUUGGCAUACAGCUGUCUCAAUUUGGACAACGGAAAGCAAGGCGUGUGGAGUUGGAAGCUUAGCCGUAGCAAGACUCUGAGCACGGACGCCCAGACUAGCAUCUCAGCCACUGUGUCCAAUGUAGACGUCUUAGGUGACGACUUCUACGAAAAGAUCGACCAGGGUGAGGACUCCUGCUUCUAUCUGCCGGAACUCACUCCCAACGAACCGGCCAUCUUCCCUGGACGUUGCAACGCUAACAUUCCUACGGAGCCAAACUUUGACCCGAUACGCUAUGAAGGCACAUGGUACAACAUCGAGAGCUAUCACACCGGUUUCCAAGGUGGUGAAUGUAAUACCGCCCGAUACACGCUGAACAGUCAAGGUUCAUUCGACGUGUUGAAUUCCCAAGUAACGAACCAGCAGCUCCAGACCGUCAGUGGAACCGCAGAGACAGUUGAAAGUGGAAAGUUUGUGGUUACCCUACCCGUGGGGGGCAAUCCUGAAGUCACAACAAACACUUCUUUAUGGUUAUUGGCCACUGACUACGAUUCCUACGCUUUGCUCUACUCCUGUGAAGACCUGGAAGGUGAUAGAAGACGAGUCUACGCGUGGAAAUCCAGCCGCACUCGCUCCCUGACGGCAUACGCCGAGGCAGCCAUCGAUGCCAAGAUCGCAGAGAUCGACGUCCUCGAACAGAGAUACUUCAGACGCAGGCAGCACACCCCCGAAGCCUGCUUCUACUACCCUCCCCCCUCGGCCACCACUCCCAUUAUAUUCCCCGGGACCUGUGAUCUUAACAUCCCUGUUGAACAAAAUUUCAAUGUUGUAGACUACCUAGGAACAUGGAACGAAAUCCAGGGCUACCCAUCAACAUUCCAGCAGGGUACCUGCAACAAUGCUUUUUACAGUCCCAACCCUACAAUUGAUGGUAGAGUGGAGGUGUACAACACUCAGGUUGUCAAUCAGACAUUGGACGAAAUCAACGGGUAUGCAGUCGUGGCCAGCGAUGAUAACAGUGCGAAGCUUACCGUUUCUUUCCCUAUCCAGGGAACUGAUCGGGAAACUCAGACAAGCUAUUGGGUAUUGGCUACUGACUACAAGAACUACGCCCUCGUGUACUCGUGUGAGCCUGUCCCGACCACCGUACCAGGAUCUGAACAACGUGCAGUAUUCAGCUGGAAACUCAGCAGAACAAAGGAACUAUCAAACGAAGCUAACGCAGUUAUGGACAGAAUAAUAAACAGCAUUGACGUACUGGACCAACGGUACUACCAGACAAAGGACCAGACUCCAGAAGGUUGCUUCUUCGAGCCUCUACCCACCGGCCGUCCAGUUGUAUACCCUGGAAAGUGUGAUGCUAAUAUCAGAGCCGUCCCCAACUUCGAUCUCACAAAGUUUGUAGGUGUCUGGAACGAAAUUGAAGCAUACCCUAAGGAUCAAACUCAAGGAGUCUGUAUUAAUUACGAAUAUGAGUCCAUUACUGGCAGCACCAGCAGUUUGAAUAUCAACGUGAACCAAGUCUUUGGAUUAGACUUGGUGUCUUCAGUGGCCACUUUAACCAGUGCUACUAGUGAUGGCUCCGCUAAGUUCGAAAUCAAGCUUCAAAACCCCAGCGGUGCAGAUAUCACCAUCCCCUUCUGGAUCCUUGACGUUGAUUACGAGAGCCACGCCUUAGCUUAUAGCUGCGUUGACUUGGGAAAUGAUAGACAGGGAGUUUGGAGUUGGAAGCUGAGUAGGACAAGAACAUUAACUGAUAAUGCUGUGACAAGCAUGAAUGCUGUCAUUGACACCGUCCCAGUUCUCGAGAACAGAUUAUUUGAGAGGAUUGAUCAGGGUGCAGAUGCUUGUUUCUAUUUACCCGACAUUGGCCUGGACAAACCCGCAAUUUUCCCCGGACAAUGUGACGAAACUAUUCCUACGCAACAAAACUUCGACCUAGAACGCUAUACUGGCCGUUGGUAUGACAUCCAAAGUUACUACGAUAACUUCCAAAAUGGUGAAUGCAACGAUGCCAACUACACUUUGACACCAGAAGGAGUGGUCGAUGUAUACAACACACAGGUCGUUAACGAAAGAUUAGAUACGAUAAAUGGAGUAGCUGUCACCACAGAUGAGAGUGGAAAGCUGCUGGUCACUUUCCCAGUAGCUGGCGCUGAUUUCAAUAUCACAAGCACCUAUUGGAUCUUACAAACGGAUUACACGUCAUACUCUUUGGUCUACUCCUGUACCAAUAUUCCAAACACAAAUACUAGAAGAGUAUUCAGCUGGAAAUUGAGUAGAACCCGACAGCUCACAGCGGCCGCUAACACGGCCAUCAACGCUAUUAUCAACAACAUUGAUGUCCUUAAUCAACGAUACUACGUCAUCAGAGACCAUUCCCCAACUGCUUGCUUCUACUACCCUGAUGUCAACCCUGAGAAAUCUGUCCGCUUCAGGGGGCGCUGCGAUGAAACCAUCGCCGUUCAAAAUAAUUUCAACAUCAAUAAUUGGGAAGGAAAUUGGUACGACAUAAGUAGCUACCCUUCUGACUCAGACCGUGCGUCCUGCGCACUAUGGUCUCACAAUCUGGAAGGCAACACCCUGCAAGUCCAGGAGUCGGAAGUCCUCCGACAAGAGUUAUACCUGAGGAAUGGAUCUGCAAUUGCCCUUGGUGGUUGGAACGGAAAACUAAAUGUUCAAUACACUGAUGGUGAUGCGGAGUCUACGUCUUACUGGGUAUUGAACACUGAUUACGACAACUAUGCUUUGGUUUACUCUUGCGAAAACACUGAUGCUGAGUAUUACGAAGUUAGCAGCUGGAAAUUGAGUAGAACAAAGGAUCUCAGUGCAGAAUAUCUAGCCCAGAUCGACAAUGCUAUAUCCAACGUGAAAGAGCUUCGAAACGAAUACUACCUAGCAAGGAAACAAGAUGCCGAUAGUUGCUUCUACUACCCUGAAACCUACGGAGCACCAGUUGUAUUACCUGGUACUUGUCAAGCUCAAGCCGUUAAGCCGAACUUCAAUAUCAACGAGUUCUCCGGUACCUGGUACGAAGCUGCACGGUUCCCGUCAGAGCUGCAGGAUGGUGAUUGUGCGUCAUUCGAGUUCAAUGUCAACGGAGAGGCGAUCACCAUCAAACAGACUAUCAUUUACAACGAGAGACUCCAAGAGGUCACCGCCAACGUAGUUCAGAGCACUCCUGGAGUGUUUACCGCUACUUUCCCGGUUCCCAGCGGUGGUACACAAGAACUAACUUUGUACGUUUUGGAUACGGACUAUGACAACUACGCCCUUAUGUUCAGCUGUGUAAACCUUGAAGGAAAUGAAAAGCAAAUUUACAGUUGGAAGCUCAGUAAAUCACAGGCUGGAUUGACUGCUGAUGCCAACACAAAGAUCGACGCCAUUGUGACAUCGAAUAUCGACUUGUUCGAAAGAUAUUACGAAGUAGCUGACCAGACCAUCAAGGGUUGCUUCUACUACCCAGAGUUUGACGACUCGGUCACAGCAAUAGAACUCCCAGGCCCUUGUGACGACAGUAUCAAAGGAGUACCAGACUUCCAGGCUGGCGAUUAUCUCGGCCUAUGGUACGAGGUGGCGCGCUACCCGCAAGGUUUCGAAACGGGAGAAUGCGCUCGCGCCACGUACUCUGAGGGUCCCAAUGGAAGCGUCAGGGUAUUCAAUGAAGUCGUCUUCAACCAGACCCUGGACACUAUUGUAGGAUCCGCUGUGGUCGCCUCUGAGGAUGGCAGCGGCGUUUUGAAUGUUAGCUUCAAUGUAAACGGCAUGGAUACCCUAUCGAAUUACUACAUUCUAAGCACCGACUACAUAAACUACGCUCUUGUGUACAGCUGCCGUAAUAUACCAAACGGAAGGAGACGAGUUUCAAGCUGGAAGUUAAGCAGAACCAAGACAUUGGCUCCCGAGUACAGUGCUGUUAUCGACGAUGUCGUCAAAAACACCCAGGGCCUCCUCGAAGACUACUAUAGUAGGACCAGCCAGACCGACGCUGACUGUUUCUACGUGCCCGAAUAUGUGCCGAAUCAAGAUGUCGUGUUCAGAGGACAAUGUGCCGAAGUCACUGGAGUGCAAGGCUUCGAUGUUACUAAGUACGUGGGUUGGUGGCACGAGAUCGAGACCUACCCCACCGAGGCGGACCGUGGAACUUGCAUCAGCUCCCAGAUCUCCCCCGCCGGAACCCAGUACCAAGUGGUGGACACCAAUGUGUAUGCCGACAACACUGCUACUGUCAGCAGAUCUGCCCUGCAAGUCUCUAGCAACGGACGCUUAACCAAGACCAACGCUGAAGGUACCACUGAAAUCUGGGUCUUGGAAACCGACUACGACAACUACGCCCUUCUGUACUCUUGCGUAAACAUCGAUGCUGAACAUAGACGAGUAUGGAGCGCCAAACAUAGCAAGGUGCGAUCGCCUGGACCCCAGUUGGAGCUGUCACCAGCCAUCGCAGCCAAUGAAGUUCUGGCCGAGAGCCUGUUCGAGAAAGUCAGUCAGACUGACGACUCCUGCUUCUACUACCCUCCCCAGGAGUACGUGCAAGACCAGGUCAUCUUGCCAGGACAGUGCGAUGAGGAUAUUCCUGUCGUACAGAACUUUGACGCUGCUGCUUACACCGGAACCUGGUACCAGAUCGAGAGGUACCCUCAACGCUUCGAGAGCAAAGAUGCCACCUGCAUCGGAGCCAGAUACUCCUUGAACGAGGAGACUGGCGUGGUGACUCUCCUGAACUGGCAAGUCAUCGGCGACGAACUUGACCAGCUUGAAGGAAACGCCACCAUCUCAUCCACAGAUGGAUCUGCUAAGCUGAUUGUCAAUCUUCCUAUUCGGGACUCGGAGGACGGAGCGUUCACAUCGACGAGCCUGUACGUGUUGACUACUGACUACGUGUCUCACUCGCUGGCCUACAGCUGCACCAACCUCAACGACUACCAGAGAACAGUCGGCUUCUGGAAACUCAGCAGGGAGCGUACCCUCUCUGCCAGCUCCGCAUCAGCCAUCAACAGCUACCUGAGCAGGAGACAGGAGCACCGGGCGGAAUACUUCAUUCAAGUCACCCAGAAUGAAGACUGCGAUGAACCCAGCUCUUCUGCCCUGGUCAAGAGCAGUGUACUGAUCAUUGCCAUUUGUGCGCUCAUGCAAAGAGUAUUUGCUUAGGCUUCUAGGGUUAGGUAUUUAAUAAUUGUAAGCUAAUUUAUUAACAUCAAUUCAUUGUUAACUGAAAUCAAAUUCUCGUAUGUACCUAUUUAGGUGUGUAUUCACCUACUAUUUACGGAUGACUUAGAAUUAUGUACUGCGUACAUUAUGUGACUAUUCGUAUUUGUAGUUAGAACGAAUACGAUUCAUAUCGAACUUAUAA